CUGUCAGAGGGAGGUGGCGAUGGUGCGCCCGGUGGCGGUGGCGGCUGCGGCGGCUUCCCUGGUCCGAGUGCAGGGAGGAGAAGAUGACUGACCGACCGACUGAAUGACUGAAUGAAUGAAUGGCGGAGCCGAGCGCGCCAUGAGGAGACUGCCGAGCCUGGGCGCCCUCGCCCUGUUGUGCUGCGCCGCCGCCGCCGCCGCCUCAGCCUUCGCCUCAGCCGCCGCCGCCGCCGCCGCCGCCGCCUCAACAACCUCGGCGGGGAAUGUCACCGGUGGCGGCGGGGCCGCGGGGCAGGUGGACGCGUCUCCGGGCCCGGGGCUAGGGCGCGAGCCCAGUCGCCCUUUCUCUAAGGUGACGACUCCCACGGCCCAGGCCCCGAGGACCGGAGCGCCGCGCACUACUGUCCACCAGCCCCUGGCUGCGUCCUCGUCAGCCCAAUCCCCGGAGACCACCCCUCCUCGGGCGACGGCUGGACCCGCCGCGACCACCUUCCAGGCGCCGCUCGGCCCCUCGCCGACCGCCCCUCCGGCGGUGGACCGUACUCCGACCACCCCUCGCGCGACAACCAGACCCGCGCCGACCACCCUCUCGACGAGCACUGGCCCGGCGCCGACCACCCCCGUUGCGACCACCAUCCCGGCGCCCACCACUCGGCUGAGCCCGACCCCCGAGCUCCCCGGCGGCAGCAGCGUCCCGCCCACCCCACCUGCCACCGAGGCCCCCUCUCCCCCUCCCCCAGAUGAUGCAUGUAACUGCUCUGUGGCAGGAAGCCUGGACGUGAAUCGCUGCAACCAGACCACAAGGCAGUGUGAGUGCUGGCCACCUUAUCAAGGGCUCCGUUGUGACACCUGCAGGGAUAGCUUUUACCUGAAUCACACUUCUGGGCUCUGUCUGCCGUGUGACUGUAGUCCACACGGAGCCCUCAGCGCGCUCUGCAGCAGUUCUGGGAAAUGCGAGUGCAAAGUGGGUGUCACCAGCUCUACAUGUGAUCGAUGCCAAGAUGGAUAUUAUGACUUUAGUAAGAGUGGCUGCUUGCCCUGCCGAUGUAAUAAUCGGUCUGCCAGUUGUGAUGCCCUCACAGGUGCUUGUUUAAACUGCCAGGAAAAUAGCAAAGGGGAUCACUGUGAAGAAUGCAAAGAAGGAUUUUAUCAGAGUCCUGGUGCCACGAAGGAAUGUCUUCGCUGCCCAUGUUCAGCAGUGACAUCAACAGGCAGCUGUGUCAUAGAAUUGGGUGAAUUGGAACCUAGGUGUGUCCAGUGUAAAGAGGGUUACACGGGCCGGAACUGCAACACGUGUGAAAAUGGCUAUUACAAUUCUGACAGCAUCUGCACCAAGUGCCAAUGCCAUGGCCACGUGGACCCAAUUACAGCUCCAAAGAUCUGCAAGCCCGAGAGUGGCGAAUGCAUCAGCUGCCUCCAUAACACGACUGGGUUUUGGUGUGAGAACUGCCUAGAAGGCUUUGUCCGAGACCUCGAGGGAAAUUGCAUCAAGAAAGAAGUUAUUGUUCCAACACCUGAAGGUUCUACCAUUUUGGUUUCCAAUGCCUCUUUGACCACAUCAGUGCCCACCCCUGUUAUAAAUAGUACAUUUACCCCCACAAUCCUGCAGACUAUCUUUUCAGUAAGCUCUGCUGAAAACAGCACUUCAGCAUUAGCUGAUGUUUCGUGGACCCAGUUUAACAUCAUCAUUUUGACAGUCAUCAUCAUUGUGGUGGUGCUGCUGAUGGGAUUUGUGGGGGCUGUCUAUAUGUACCGGGAGUACCAAAACCGGAAACUCAAUGCCCCCUUUUGGACCAUCGAGCUGAAAGAAGACAAUAUCAGUUUCAGCAGCUACCAUGACAGCAUUCCCAAUGCAGAUGUGUCAGGACUCUUGGAAGAUGAUGGUAAUGAAGUAGCUCCCAACGGGCAACUGACCCUGACAACACCCAUACAUAACUACAAAGCCUAAGGAGCUAGACCUGUUGUCUGGAUUGUUAGACCACAGUGCUCACUAAGACCACAUCAUCUCCUGGGCCAGAUGAAGCCUGGGUAGUUUGCUGAGAAAGCAAAGGCGUAGAGUGCACCUGAAAUUUUUAGGUACAAAUUUGUAAUGCACUUAGCCCAUUACUCUUAGUUUCCCCCAUGAAGAUCUGAAACAGUCGCUGUCAAUAAGGACUUGUGGUAAAGUAUAUUUUUGUACCAAACUACAUGGGAGUAUAGAAAGGCUGAACCCUGCAGUGCAGCCCACAUCUACUCUGACCUCCAAACAGAUUCCUGGGGAAGUGUUCACCAAACCAGCGGAAACAAGAUGGAAGUGGAGGGGGAAGGACUGCUGGAAGACUUUUCAUCUCCAUUCCUGAGACACCUUGUUUAAAAGGAGAGUCAGGGAUGAUAUUCCUUUUACUGUGCUAAAAGGCAUCACCGAAGAAAGCUUAACGUCUGGGCUGUAUCACAAUAAACUCGACUGUUUUUGAAAAGGGGCAGAAAAGUGUCAAGAAGAUCUUUAGAAAAGCUUGGUUUUUCCUUCCCAAAUUCUUGCUCAAUGAUAGGAUCAAAGCACAGAAUAAGCUUCUAAUGGUAGAAAGAGGAAGGCAACAUCUGGGAGCAGGAAGCUGAUGGUCCUCCUUAGGGUCUCAGUGUAAAUGGUACAUUGUCUAAAAAUAAGGCCUCUUCCUGCCUCUAGAGAAAUAAGGUGUAUAUAGUUAAUGUAGCAUAUCUGGUCAACAUUGUAUUUGUAUCUAUUUGUAAAAAAAAAUCAUGUCAUAUUUUAUCAUCUAGAAUUUAUUUGUACAGCAGUUAAUGGUGUUGUAAAAAGAAAAUACGGGGAUUGGUUAAAAUAGAGUAACAUAGAUGGCAAUAUUGCUAGAGCUGGGACUCUGGUGACCAUCAGUCAUUUUUAGUCCCUCUUUGGACACUGUUGAAAUUUAUAAGAGGUUGAAUGUUUCUAACCUUUCUUUCCCUUUCUCAGUCUCAAAAUAGAGUUAUAUGUUCUCUGACUUACUGUAGAUUCAAGCAAUAGAUUUUUAAGCAAUUGAUCGUUAAGCUGGGAUAGAGGCUGGGCUCUCCAAAGCACUUCCCUGAUUAGACGUUAGCCGGUCUACAUAUUUUACAUAGAUUAAUGUACAACGUAUCCUCACAAAAAAAAAAAAAAA